AUGCCGAUUGUGCCGCUCAGCUCAGCGACCGCCCGGCUCAUAGGCUCGGCCGCCAGCAUUACCUCACCUUCCGCCGUGGUCAAGGAGCUGCUAGACAACGCCAUCGACGCCGGCGCCGACGCGGUCGAGGUUGCCGUCUCCUCCGACACCCUGGAGCGGCUGCGCGUGCGGGACAACGGUCAGGGCAUCGCGCCGAGCGACAUUGACCACCUCGGCCAGCCCGCGCACACCAGCAAGCUGGCCGCGUUUGAUGAGCUGGCCGCCGGCCGCGUACGCACGCUCGGGUUCCGCGGACAGGCACUCGCGAGCAUCGUCGGCAUUUCCGCCUCCGUGCACGUCGUGACCAGGACAGCUGGGGAGCCCGUGGCCUGCAGGGUCCGGUUGGGAGGAGGAGGAGGCGGACGGCAGGGAACGGUGUCGGCGCCAGUGGGCACGACGGUGGAGGUGGAGGGGCUGUUCGCGAACCUGCCACCGCGGAGGCGGAUGCUGCUCAAGGAGGGCAGGAAGACGACGGCGAGGAUCAGGGAGCUGCUGGUGGCGUACGCGCUGGCGAACCCGGCGCUGCGCGUGAACUUCAGGGUGCUGGGGAAUGAGAGGCAAGCUUGCACGCUGGGGCAGACGAGAGGCCGGGACAUGAAGCGGUCGGUCCUGGAGGUGUUUGGUGCGGCGGUCGCGGCCGCCGGCCAGACGCACCGAUUCGCGAGCGCGGCGGCGGCGUCCUCGUGCACGCUGUUGGCGUUCCUGCCGAGCGUCGGGGGCGACCACAAGGUGCUGGCGGGCAAGGGCGCGUUCAUCUCCGUCAACGGGCGGCCGCUGUGCUCCACGACGGGCAUCGGGAAGGCGCUCGCGGGCGUGCUCAAGACCAAUAUGCAGCAGUUGCAGCUGCGGACGAGGACGACGGUGCAGAAGCCGCUCUUCCUGCUCGAGAUUCUCUGUCCGUUUACGGACUACGAUGCCAAUGUCGCGACGUUGAAGGACGACGUGCUCUUUGCGGACGCGGAUGCGCUGCUGCGGACGUUUGGGGAGAUGUGCGAGCAGGUCUACGGCAAAACCAGUGCAGCGCAGGGAAGCUCCGGACAAGGCACGAUGGGACGGGAGAAUGUUGGCGGAGCGUCUACGGAGGAGUUGCCAAUGUCGAGUAGCACGGAGGAGAAGCUGGUAUCGACGCAGAUGCGAACUGCGUACAGAGUCAACAUGCACCGCACCAACAGCAACGCAACAGAUGAAGGGGCCGGUUUUCAGACCGUCGAAGUCACGGUUCCAGAACGACGGCACGUUGAAAUAGAGAUGCAACCGAGCGGCAAGGCCAAUUAUUUCAAAGGCGGAAUGUCAAAGCCGAUGCGCGGGAUUGAGCGAUACUUUCAGCGGACUGCUGCGGCCGCGGUCGACGAUUUCGAAAUUGCGACUGACGACACGGCGACGCCAGAGCGACCGAGGGUAGAGGAUAGGCACGAGGAGGAGGCUGACCCCCUCGUGAAUAGGACGACGUUCCAGGAGCGGAUGCCUCUGAGCGACGUGCCCGACGCAACCCUCAACAUCCUAGCCGGCUUCCACGGCUCGAUGCCAUCAGACGGCUCCAACCACGGCGACGGCCCGCGACUCAGUGACCUGCACGGCACCAGCUGGAGCAUCCAGAACCUCAUCAACCAGCAGCGAGACCUUGGCGUUCCCCUUACCGCUACCAGGGGCGGCGGCGGCGGCAGCAGCAGCAGCAGCAGCAGCAGCAGCUUGGCCGGACCGCCAGGUUCGCAAAUGCGAGGAGCUCCGCUGCUUGAGCGCGCGCGGGUGCCGCUCCUACGCACGCCACCCCCGUCGUCUGAUCCGACGACGAUCCGCGAGGAGCCUCGGAGGUCGUUCGUACCCGCUUCGCGCGUGGUAGCGCAGCCGUCGCCGGCAAGCUCGAGAAGCAGCCCGGAAGGCAGUGCCCGGGUCAAGGAGACUCAGGGCCGGCCCGCACAGUGGCCGGUGACGACGAGGCACGCUGCGGUCCUGCCCGGUACGAUAAGCUCCGCGCCGUACCGCGCGGAGAGGGGCAGCAGCGCGAUGGGCGCGCCGAGACCACAAGGUCGUCCGCUGCCACGCACGAGGCAGCAGGCCGCCACUGUGGAACGAGCCGUUCCGACGCGGCAGCUAGUAUACGAACAGGUGGAAGAAGAGGCGGAUGAUGCCGAAGACGCCACUACUGCACGCCAAGGAGAAGGAACAUGCCAGGCUUUGAUGGGGCGUCGUGUUGGUCGAGCUGGCGGAGCACUACAGGAGUCGUUGGCGGCGGAGUCCGAUACGAGUGUCGCGGAGAGCGCGGACACGCCGCCGCAAGCAAAGCGACGACGCGGUGCGAGUCAAGAGGCAGACAGGUCGGCGAUCGUACGACACGCAGCAACACCGCCGCGGCGGAUGCAGUGGUCAGUGAAUCAGCAGUCGGACAACCCGCUGCCGCUGGAGAGCGUGCCAGCCGGGAUGGGCACCUGGCGGUGCGUAGCGACGGCCGAGGCCAGCUUCUCGGAUGUGCGCAUGUGGAUGGACCUGGAGAGGGAGAUGGACGCGUACAUUCGCAGCGGGACGCUGGCGUUGGGGCGGUUGGGGAGCUGCCUGACGGGGCAGGAUGCGAUGUGGUUGGAGGCGCGGGUGAAGCAGUUGUGUCAGGUGUGA